CAAGCUGGAUCAGCUGACUGUGGCGAGCUUCUGCUUUCACGCUAUUCCUCGGCGUUUCUUCCUCCCACGGCAGCCGAUAGCGCUGUCUGAAGCCACAUAUUUUAUAAGCAUAUCUUUGUUUUUUUAAUAUAGUGUCGUAUUGUUUUCUGCUAAGGAGCUUAAGGUUCGUUCGCUUCUUUCCUUUGGCACACCGAAGCCGAAUCGAUGCUGCUCGAGUGGAUGAUGGACGGACACGCCAUUCUUUACACGGGGGUCACUUUGGCCUUCUGGAGCACCAUACUCGUCGUCGGUAUAUGCUACACUAUAUUCGAUUUAGGAUUCCGCUUUGAUGUGGCAUGGUUCCUUACAGAAACGUCGCCUUUCAUGUGGGCUAAUCUGGGCAUCGGCUUGGCCAUCUCGCUGUCUGUAGUGGGAGCAGCUUGGGGAAUCUACAUCACUGGCUCAAGCAUCAUUGGUGGCGGUGUCAAGGCUCCUCGCAUUAAAACCAAAAAUUUAGUCAGCAUCAUUUUCUGCGAAGCUGUUGCGAUCUAUGGCAUCAUCAUGGCUAUUGUCAUCAGUAACAUGGCCGAGAACUUCAGCGGAACAACUCCUGAGACCAUUGGGGCAAAAAACUAUCAAGCUGGCUACUCCAUGUUCGGUGCGGGCCUGACUGUGGGCUUCUCCAACCUCUUCUGCGGCAUCUGCGUGGGAAUCGUGGGCAGCGGGGCGGCGCUGGCCGACGCCCAGAACGCCAGCCUCUUCGUCAAGAUCCUCAUCGUGGAGAUCUUCGGCAGCGCCAUCGGCCUCUUCGGCGUCAUUGUGGCCAUCCUGCAGACGUCGAAAGUAAAGAUGGGCGACUAGAAGAGGACAAGAGGAAGUUGACAACACCGCUGGAAAAACACGAUGUGUAAAUAAUACACCGUAAAUUAUUUAAAUGUUCGGUUUGCCGCGUAUUGUUCGUCAUUUCAAGAACAGCUGUUUCUUCACACUAUGAAUGAUGGUUGAAAAUGACACUAUAAAGUAUUUGAACAUAUUUGUGUUGUGUGUGUGUGUGUGUGUGGCUCUUCACGUGACGCAUGAGGUUGUUUAUUUAGCCUUUGUUCAUUCUGGUUGCCUGGUUUGUCAGACCUGCUUACUCAGUAGCGCCGCCUGGAACGUGAGAGUAUUGCACCCAGUACCAGUUUUACCUAUCGCCGAGUGAUUUGGGGGGGGGGGGGGGGGGGGGGGCAUUUCUGUCAUGCCAUGACACAAUGCAAAGAAAAGUCUUAAGGACCCAUGCCUGAAAUUGAACAGUAAGACAGACAUUUUGGGCAAAUUCCAGGGUGAUCUCCUACGAGGGAAUUCCCCCAAAUGCGCCCCAAUCAGAAACGGGGAUCCUAGACAGAUGGGUGACGCGAAAUACGAAGCCUUUUUGGCUGUAGCUAAUGAAUUGUCAUUUUGGGAGCCGCAACAUGCCCGAAACUUAAGUUUUGCAAGUGCGCGCAUCCUGUUGAGAAUAUUUCAGUGUCACCAAAAGGCAUGAAAUUGGGCAGACAUGUCUAACAUGAACAGGAUGCAUUAACAAGUCUCAAGGACCCAUGCUCAAAAUGGAACCAUUUUGGUUGGAAAUAGCCAUUUUGGCCAAAUAUCAAAGCUUGUACUUUGACAAACGCCUACGAGCGACGUCAAUGGAGGUUUCUUUGACAUUGGGAAAUGCUAAAUUACAAAGCUUUUUUUUGUGCCUAGGCCAUCUAACGUGGGCAGAUCAUGGCGUCAAAGUUUGAUCAUUUCGAGGCUGCGCCACGAACAAGGAUGCGAGGGCUCGCAUUCAUCACCGCUUGCAGCUUUUUAUUGUUGUUUUUGUAACUUGAUUUUCCGACUGAACCUUCUUCGUCUGUCACCUGACACGCAGCCUUUUACUUUAACAGAUUUGUUUUGGAAUCAGCAGGGAAAAAUAAGACCCUCUAGUUGUGAUCCUUUUCAGCAGACAAUAUAUAAUGGAGCGACCGAUAUGAGCUAUAGUACCGAUGAGCUUGUAAAAUAAUAAUGUAAAGUACUUUCAUUUUUUUUCCCCCCUUAUGAAUGUACUUUUUUUUUUGCAGUUAUUGUCUUCAUCUUUUAUAAUUCUAGCAUUCCAUAUCCUCGUCACAGCUUCGAGUAAAAAUGAAGUUAUGUCAGUUUGACAGACCAGGCUAACCUAUGAAUCCCCCUCUUGUAAUUAUUACCCUGAAGUUGUGAAAGACUAUUAACAUGCAUUUAAUUGUGAUAAUUGUUACAAAUGUGAUCGAUGCCAGCCUUCCCACCGACGUAAUCAAUUCUGAAGGAAGGCCUGUACCAAACUCCAAAUUCGUCGGUGUGUGAAAUUAUGUUGACGUGAUGGUGAAAAGAAAGUAAAUGUCCAAUAAAAAAUAAGAAAAACAG